AUGUUUGAGUCUUUGGUGUCGCGGUUGACGUCGCCGCCCGUGUCGAGGCGGCGGCACACGGUGCACGCAGCUCGGGAAGUAUGCAGCGAGCCGGAGGAGGAGGCUGCCCCAGUGCAGCGCCGCUCGAGGACGGCCAAGCAUCUGCUGGAUAAACGACGCAAGGCGCGCUUAUCCUGCGCUGAUCUCACGACUGUUACCAAUAACGAACCGGAGCGAACAUCACGCAUGGACGCCCUCAAAGCUUUCUUGCCACUACGACAAUCUAAAUCCCUAGGAAGACUCGACGGUCUCAAAGAGAUUGAGCGUCUAGCGCAGUAUGAGCGUCUGGUGGGCGGCGGGUGCGCGAGACGGCGUGCGUCGCGCCUCUCUGACCUGGAGCGCGUACAAGACCUCUUUCCGCACGACUACCUCGCGCUGCACGACGCAGACGCACCCGCCGCUCUUGCCUCGCACCAUGCACAGAAGUCGAAAAGUUUACGUAAGCGACCCAGCUUGGACAUUGGCGGUACUGUUAGCGGCAAUAGCAGCGCAUUAUCGCCUCGGACUUUCAUCAUGGAAGCUCCAGUCCAAUUGUGUCCACUUGGAUCAACCUCCCCACCGUUAGACCGCCAUCUAUUCCUUUUUAGUGACUUGCUUUUAGUAGGAAAAUCAAGAGGGACAAACUGCUUUAAGUUAAAAGAGAGUGUAAGACUAGCAGAAAUUUGGCUUUCCUUGCCAGAAGGUGAUGAUACAGGCUUUCUUCUUGGAUGGCCGACGGUCACCGGUGUCACUAACUACCUCGCUACUUACCCAACGCAAGCUGCCAGAGAUACCUGGCAUAGGAAAAUACAAAACGCUUUAAAUGUUCAACUGGCGACAGAACCAAAGUCAACAAAUAUUCAAAUUUUCUACAAGGAUCUGACGAGCUCAAUAGAAUUUUGCAAAACCGUGUCAAUAAGUCCUGAUAUGAGCGCUCGGUGUGUAGUGCGGCAAGCAUUGCAUGUUCUCAACGGAGGCGAAGGAGAUGGGGAACCAGAAGGAGAGACUGAGCGGGAUGAGGGGAGGUGGGGGGCUGCCGGUGAUUUUACGCUUUGGAUACGAACUGGACGCGAUGCCCCACCUUCACCCCUACAGGGUAUUGAACGACCGCAUGCUGUCCAGAUGUCCCGAAUAAGGCAAACUUUGUCGAGUGAAGAUGGUUUCGACUUAGAACAUGUUAACGCUAAAAACAACCCAUGUGGAUUGGUAUUCGAAUUAAGAAAGAAAAAUCAAGGAUUAAAAAGUGCCAAUGCAACUCCCGGUCGAGGACUCCGCCUGCUGCGUCGCGGUGGACGUCUGUUCGGCGUGGCGCUCACCCGCCUGUGCAGCGGCGCACCGCCGCCCGCGCUGCUCAACGCGAUGCGUCGCUUGCGCGUCGCCGCGCCGCUCACACACGGCGUGUUUAGACGUAGUGCGAACGCUAAAGCGCUUAGAUUGCUAAGAGAUAAGUUAGACGCGUUAGGCCCAUGGGCGGAAGGCUGCCCGGAGCUGGAGCGCGCGCCGGUGCUGCUGCUCGCUGCGCUGGUGAAAGAAUUCUUCCGCGCUUUGCCUCAACCAUUACUAGCAGCUGAUCUUUACCCGUCUUGGCUUCAAGUUCUAAAUUUACCUCAAGCCGAGAAGGUAACGGCCGUACGCUCCCUAUUAUUAAAGCUGCCAAAGGCGCACUACAACAUGUUAACAUACUUCGUGUGUCUUCUGCAAGCAAUCGCUAAAAAGUCUAACAUAAAUCUUAUGUGCCCUAUGAAUUUAGGUGUAUGUGUUGGUCCGAGUUUGCUCUGGCCUAAUACUCCCUGUGACAAAGCUCCCAAAGCAGUGCCAAUGGUUGUAGAACUACUCAUAGUAAAAGCAGAAGCGUUAUUUGGACCGCAAAUAUCUGGACUUUUAGGAAAUGGCAGUCCUGAAUCAUCGAACGCGUUACUUGACUCGGGUGCUGAAGAAAGUGAUAGCCUUCAUUCUGUCGGAAUAUCCCUGGAUUCUAUGGAACUAUCGACACCCAGGAAGGAAAAACUAUCGCUUAGUAGAGACUCAGGGCUGACGCUUUCAGAAGAUGAUUCGAAUAGUAAUGGAGGGAACAGCCCAGCUCCCCGAAAUAUUUUGCAUAGUCUGUCAGCGCCAACUUGUAAUUUACAAGAUCCUAAACAAGCACGGUAUAAUACGGAUCACAAUAUUAAUGGUCUUCCACAAAUAUCGCAACGGCAACAAAAUCUAUACUCUAACAAAGCAGAAUUAUAUAGUACAGUCAAUGAAGAUCUCUACACGAUGCCAUAUAUGGGAGAAAAAUACGUUCAUAAUUCUAUUAACAUUGGCAUAGCUAAUGGUAUCGACGAUAGAAAUUACGUUUCCAAAACGGCAGUACAACGGGCGACGGCCGACAUCUAUGCACAGAGUCCUGCGAAAUAUAUAACCGGCUUAGAACCACAGAAACCACCGAGAAGUAACGUUUCGAAAGCCGCUAGGACUUCAAAAGUGUAUAGCAUGUAUGCAGAAUCUCAAGAAUCUCAAAAUAAUGUUACGAACAAAAAUUUUAAUAGAGCCAAAAGCUCUGAUAACUUGUUAGAAGCUAAACAGGAAGCUGCUGAUAAAAAACGUGACAUGGUUUCCAGUCAGGAGAACAUAGUCUAUAGCAAUAUACACGAUCUUGCCAUGUUCACUGAAAAUAUUCAAAGACAAAACCAAUAUCAAUCACAAGCCGAAAUAUUGUCUAACGGGAACUAUUCUCGUGUCUACUCUGGUUGGGAGAAGAAAAGUGCGAACUAUAACCAAGGAAACACCUGCGCAACCGAAAAUAUAUAUGGCCAGAUGAAUAAAAACCCGGGAGAGUCCUCGCAAAAUAAAACAGAUGGAAAAACAACUCCGGCAGCCACCAUUUUUAUACGAAAUGACUGGUCUCGUCAAGCAGCGAGGACGAAGAGCUUAGAAGUCAGCGACGAAGGGCACAGCAACGUUAAUGAUAAAGCUCGUAAUGGAAGUUACGAGAUAAACAUUGUGAAUUGUUGUCGGAAGAGACGAUUUGACCCUGCUCAUAUGUGCACAAAGAAUUGUAUUACACCAAACAUGCAUGGCAGGGAAAAAGAAAAACAUGCCACAAAUUCGCCAAAUUCUUAUGCUUACGUUGAUGACGUUCAUAACAAUGCAGAAGAAAAGAAAUGUAGAGUCCGCAAUUAUAAUAACGCAAAGUUAAAUCAAUCAAAGUCUCUAGCAAACAUUAUUCUACAAAGCGAUUCAAGCAGCUGCGACACAUUGUACCAACCACAGAACUCUUACAACAGCCGCUCUACCGAAUCAACUGCUAGUGAAAACUCCUUUGAAAAUUGCUACACGACCCAAUACAUAGAACCCCUGUAUACGUCCGUUUACAAUCGCAGAAGGGAUAUCUUUCACGAAGAAAAGAACAUGUUCACUUCCGACAUUUACAAAGCGACCCCGACUUCAGUGCAACCUGAUUAUUCGGAGAAAGAACAGAACAACAAGAAGAAGCCACCUCACAUGCCUCCUCCUGUACCACCACGAAAAAUGAUAUAUCAAAGGGUUCUGAAGAAAUUUCAACCGGUUCACGUGAACAAAGAAGAUAAAGCGUCACGAUCCAAAUCCGUACCUCCCGUUUAUAGAGAUCCACCAAACGGUAUCGACAAAAAUGGUCAAAACGUCGUCGCUCUCGGUUGUUCAGAAUCCGAUACGGAAUCAGAAUCUUACGUG